CAUCAGCAUCAUGUUCCUGCCGCCUAACACCAUGCCACUGCUCCAGCAGAUGGAUCAGCAGGUCAUCGCCAAUUUCAAAAAACUCUACACCAAGGAGCUUUUCAGGCGAUGCUUCGAGGUGACUGAUUGCACCACCUUCACCCUGCGGGAAUUCUGGAAGGACCACUUCGACAUUGUCACCUGCUUGAAGAUGAUCACCACGGCCUGGAACGGGAUCAGCCAGAGAAAUUUGAAUUGCGCUUGGCGCAGCCUGUGGCCGGACUGUGUGGCACCAAGUGACUCUGAUGCACCAGAGUCAACAGUGGUGCAGGACAUUGUUGCCUUGGGGAGGACCAUGGGCCUGGAGGUCACAGAGGAGGACAUCAGCGAGCUGGUGGAGUAGCACGACCACGAGCUGACCACCCAGGAGCUGGUCGAACUGCAGGCAGAGGCUGCACAGGAGCAGGCCUCGCUGGAAGAGGAGGAAGCAACUGAGGAACAGCUGUCCUCCAAAGAACUGAGGGACAUUUGCCAGAAGUGGAAGGAUGUGCAGGCUUUUGCACAGCGGCACCACCCUGACAAGCAUGUGGCACAUGACCUUGUGAACACUUUUGAUACGAGGGUCAUGUCGCCUUUCAGGAAGGUGCUGAAAAGGCGGAUGAAGCAGCAGACCAUGGACAGGUUCUUCAGCAAGAAGCAAAGAGUGGAAGAGGAACCUUCUUCGAGUGGGAACCCCUUUUUCGGGGCUCUGAAACGACGUGGGGUGAGCAGCGCGGUGUUUUGAAUCGACUGCUACUUUUGUGGAGUGAAGCCACAUAGCCGUUGCCGGAGAGCGCUGACUUUUUCCUGUGGACAAUUGGACUCUAAAACAAGUACCCGUGAGUAGAAACGGAAAAAAUGGAUUAAGAAACAUGUUAAUUUGGCACCGAAGCGGGAAGGUUCAAAACAGGAAGUCCGCCUUCCGCUUUUUGUAAAUAGACUGAAGCAAAAACCUUGUAAGCUAAUAGCCUGGAAAGUCGCUUACAAAGGUCGAAAUU